AUGUCGGGUGCAUCCACUGCAAUGCCUAUGCCUAAUGGCAUGACUCACGCCUCGCUUCUUGCAGCCAAAAGUGCUGAGCUGAAAUUCUGGAUCUUACAGACCAACGAGAUGCAGGGCAAAAAAGCGCUCAAGGUCACGGGGAAAGUCGAGGAUCUCCGUCAACGACUCGCGACAUACUACGGCCUUGACUUGACAGUUACAUCACAAACUGCAACAACACACACACCUGCCCCACUAACGCUUGACCAGCACAUCAUCGCUCGACAGUGGGAAGGAUUGGCGGAGAUGGGUCAAGAGUGGCUCAACACUACUGCAGAAGGGCGGGAAUUCAGGCUGGUUAGAGAUGUGGGAGCUCUUGCUCUCCAGGAUGGACCACUUGAUCCUCCCUCCUCAUCACGCUCACCCACGCCUGUCCUACUACGCAUCUCUUCACCUCCGCUCGGUGCCAGAGCAGACACACAAAUCAUCACAUCUCCGAGUCCCCUCCCAGUGCAACCACCACAACCACCUCAACAACACCUUGACUCCGAGUUGCACGGGCUUAGCAGCCUAGCUGAAGCCAUUGAAGGCCUCAAUCGAGUUCAAGGACUGAAGGAUUCCGUGGCGCAAAUCAAAUCUGGUCUUGUCGCUUCAGUGCGCAGAAGGUAUGGACCAAAAGAUAAGUUGGUGGAUGAGAGAGACAAUAGUGAAAGCGAGGAUUCCGAUGCAGAUGGAGUGCACAGCUCAAAGAAGAGACGUGGGAGAGGCGCUGACCCAUCCUGGGAGAAGCACAAGGGUACACUCACAAAGCGAGAGCGGCUGGGCGGAAUCUUGUACGGCAAACAAGAUUUCGAUGGUGAUGAAGCACGUUUCUUCAAGUACUUCAAAAUGCCUCAUGAUUCAGAGGCUGGGGUUGAAACCAAGCGCAAACGAGUGCCGAAGAAUGAUGAUGGGUACCGUCCUUUCCGACGGGUUGUCGAAGCAUAUCCAUGGUGUAAGAAAGACAUCCAGGCCGAACGCAACAAGUCAGAAUUGUUGAAGUAA